AUGGACAAGGGAAAGGCUCGGCAGCUCGAUGCCGAGACAGUUCCACCACGAGAUCGACUCCAAGACUCACCGCUCACCUACAACCAGCUCGUCUCCGGCAUCAUCGACUUCCUCGAAGUUGCGUUCCACACCAUCCUAUGUAUGCGCUCCGUAUACCCGUACGACGUAUUUGCGAGACGUAAGAAGUAUAGCCAUCCUUGCUACCAAUCGCGGCAUCCAGGGCUCAACGAGUACAUCUCACGCGUGCUUACGGCGCUCAGGGGCGAAAUAGAGAAGAGUACCAUCAGCAAGGUCAUCCUUGUCAUUCGGCCCAACGUCGUCGUUGAGCCCGCGGGCUUCGCUGGAAGCGGAUCAUCGGUGGGGGUAAGCUCGAGCGAUGGAGGAGCGGGAAAUCCUGCCGAUGCGUACGAGCGUUUCGUCUUCAGCCUAGACUACAUUCUGCCAUCGACGUUGAUAGAUCCGCGGGAUCGAGAUCUGGCGAUAUCCAGCAACGUCACGAGCAGCGAGCUCGAGAUGAUCUUCCGAGGCUUCAUGCAGAAGCUAAUGGUCGUUGACGGUAUUCUGUACGAUAUGCCUUUGGCACCGGGGGCAAAGGGCAACGAUGGCGAUGCUACAGCUGCAGAGCUGACCUUCGCGGUGGUUCUCGAGAUGGCAGACGAAGACACAUCGCCCUCUGGCAAGGAUCGCAACGAAGCGACAACCGGUGACUGGAUUCCUGCAGAUGCGGAGAACCUCGGUCGAACCCAUAGAAAAGAUACACGCGCAGCCGACAACGGUCAUGCUGCCGACUCAACACCGAAGAUCCGGCCUAUCAAAACGCUCGAUUCGGGCGUCAUCAAUCUCAUGCUCUACGUCGAAGAGGACAUCUACGCGAAGUCGGGCAAGACUCGCCCUCCACGCAGCUCACCGUCGAAACGCAACACCGUCCGCCCGACCUCUGCACAGCCCACACGCACGCACGGGGUGGAAGACGACCUCCUCCACUCCAAGGCAACGCAGAUCGACGUCUCGUCCGUCACAGCGGCGGCAGGCAAUGCGAGGGAGCUCAAGAACCGAGCGCGUCGCUUGGACGCCGAACGCGAUCUAGACCAGCCAGCUCUGGCCGAAGCCGAGGCUGAGCCGGACAUCGCGCAGGCGAAGAGCAAACGGAAGCGCGCGAGGAUGGUGCUCGGCGAGACGAGGGCGGCAGAGUCGGCGUCCGAGUCGUCCGAGUCCGCGCCGAGCUCGCCUAGUGGAAGCAGCCAGAGUGUCAGGGAUGAUUUCGGCGGUCAGCUCAGUGGUGGGUUCUGA